AUGGCAGACUCAAACAGCAGUAAGAUCAUUACCCUCUCCCCCAUCGAUCAAUCGCCCGUCGUCACCCGCGAGGCAACUUCUCCUUCGGAAAUUGACAAGAUCCUCAAGGAAUCAGUCGAAGCCUUCAAAGCCUACAAGAAGACCCCAUUGAAGGAGCGUAUCGCAAUCGCUGAGAAAUUCCUCGAGAUCUUCGAGCGUGACGCCGAAGAUGCCGCCCGCGAACUCACCCAGCAAAUGGGCCGCCCAAUCCGCUAUACGCCCUCCGAAAUUAAGACCAUGAUUAUGCGAGGUCGAUACAUGAUCUCCCUGGCAGAGAAAGAACUCGCCGAUAUCGACGUGGAGAAGUUCUCCCCGAACACCCCCAACAUCCGCCGUUACCUCCGCCGCGAACCUCUCGGUCCGAUCCUCGUCAUCUCAGCAUGGAACUACCCCUACCUCAUCGCCAUCAAUGCUGUCCUCCCUGCACUGUUGGCGGGUAAUACUAUUGUUUUCAAGCCCUCUCCACAAACCCCUCUCUGCGCCGAGCGUAUGGCCGCAGCAUACCACGAGGCCGGACUUCCCAAAGCUGCAUUCGCCGUGAUUCAAGCAGGUGAUUUAGGUACCGUCGAGAACCUCGUCAAACGCCCUGAGAUUGCACAUGUCUGCUUUACCGGCUCCGUCGCAGGUGGCCGCGCAAUCAACAUCGCCGCUGCCGCUCGUCCCCAGGGCUUCAUCUCCCCCGGCCUCGAGCUCGGCGGGAAAGACCCUGCGUAUGUCCGCGCCGACGCGGAUGUAGCUUACACUGCUCCCGAGAUCGUCGACGGCGCACUCUUCAACUCUGGUCAAUCAUGUUGCUCCAUCGAGCGUGUCUACGUGCACGAAAGUGUUUACGAUGAAUUCGUCCAGAAAUGUGUGGAGGAAGUCAAGGGCUACAAGCUCGGCGACCCGAUGAACGCGGAAACUAUGCUCGGGCCUGUCGUGAGUCUGCGUUCUGCCGCCACGAUCCGGAAGCACAUCAACGACGCACUCGCUCACGGUGCUAAGGCCUUGAUCGAUGAAUCAUUGUUCCCUGCCGCAAAGGAGGGUUCAAGCUUCGUCGCACCCCAGAUCCUGGUAGACGUGGAUCACUCCAUGCGCGUCAUGACUGAAGAAACCUUCGGCCCAGUCCUCUGUAUCCAACGCGUCUCCUCCGACGCCGAAGCAAUUUCCCUCAUGAACGACUCCAUUUUCGGCCUUACCGCAUCCAUCUGGACAGGAAACACUGAAGCAGGCGAAGCGUUGGCGGAUGAGGUUGAGGCUGGUACGGUGUUUGUGAAUAGGAGUGACUUCCCCGACCCAGCGUUGGCGUGGACGGGUGUUAAGGAGAGUGGGAGAGGGUGGACGUUGAGUUUGAAGGGCUUUGACUCGUUUACGAGGCCGAAGAGUAUCCAUUUGAAGGCGGUUGGGAAGUAG